AAGUUUAUGCGACGCAAAACGCGGAAGUGCAUUUUGUUUUGACUCUCCUGGCAUGAAUUGAGCUCAAAAUAGCGUUUUUCCACAUGAAUAUAGGAUUAUAUUCCUCACGGGAAAGCACGAUAUAUCCAGUCCAGGCAUGAGUCUAUUCGGGAAAUCUUCGGGUUAUGAAUAUCAGUGUCUGUCGCAGGGAGAGAGCGGUUAUGGUGAAACUCCUGGACUGUUUUCAUCUCAUUCUCCAUUUAAUAACAGUCAUCAUGAUCACAGAGGACACUCUUUUGAUUAUGUGCCUAAAGUCCAUCAAAACGACUACACAGAUAAAUCUCAAGGAUUGUUAUCUUGGCUUUGCAACUUGAUCGUAACAUUUUUGGUUUUCUUGUUUACCUUUGUUACUUUUCCCAUAUCUGGAUGGUUUGUUCUUAAGGUUGUACCAAACUAUGAGAGGGUAGUUGUGUUCCGCCUGGGCCGGAUCCGUCCUCCUAAAGGUCCAGGAGUGGUUCUGAUCCUGCCCUUCAUUGAUCAGUGGCAGAGAGUUGACCUGCGGACCAGAGCUUUUAACAUCCCUCCCUGCAAGGUAUGCACUAAAGAUGGCGGUCUGGUGUCGGUUGGAGCAGAUAUUCAGUUCCGGAUCUGGAGUCCAGUGAUGUCAGUGGUGGCAGUGCAGGAUCUGAACUCUUCCACUCGUCUCACAGCACAGAACGCCAUGAUGACCAGCCUGAGCAAGAAGAGCCUGAGGGAGAUCCAGACCGACAGACUCAAACUGGGGGAACAUCUCGGGAUGGACAUGAAUGAGAUGACGAAGCCGUGGGGGCUAGAGGUGGACCGUGUGGAGCUGAUUCUGGAGGGUGUAGUCCGAGAACCAGACGGCGGUCACUCAGGUCCCCUCAUUAUGCCUCCCUCCGUUCCGGGACUGGAAGGUCUCACUGGACCCAUUCAGCAGCUUGCAAUGCAUUUCCUGAGCCAGACGACUGCAUCUCAAUGCACUCAAGAUACAGUGAGUUUCUCUGAUGAGCUGCAUGCGGUUUCAUCUGUAAGCAGUGUGAACGAACUGAUAGAAACAGUCAGAUCAGUUCUCUCAGAAGAGCUGGUUCAUCAGGUGGGAGCCUGUUUCCACUUUCACAUCACAACUAACUCUGGACAGACCAGCAGCUACUAUGUGGACCUGACACAAGGUCGUGGAGCGUGUGGCGCAGGCGUUCUCCAGAGAGAGCCGGAUGUUUCUCUGUGCAUGAGUGAGCAGGAUCUGUUGGCCAUGUUUCAGGGAAGCCUGCAACCGUUUGCAGCCUACAGCAGCGGCAGACUGAGAGUACAGGGAGAUCUGAACACCGCUAUGAAGCUCAACACACUCAUCAAACUUCUUAAGGCUAGAUGACACACUUUGCAUUUGCUAUGGUUUUAUUUAAUUCAAGGCUUUUACAAAAUAUUUAUAUCAAGGUUUGCACUGCAAAUGUUUACAUAUUUGGGUUAUAUAUCAAAUUUAAGGGAUUGUUCACCCAGAAUGAGUGAAUUCAUCACUUGCUCACCCUAAACUUAAAGUUAUUUUGAAGAAUGUUGGAAAUCAGUUGCUAUUGUCUUACAAAGUAUUUUUCCCUGAAUAUAAAUGUCAAUGUGUAUCAAUUUACAACAAUCUUCAAAAUACGUUAUUUUGUGUUUAAGUGAAGAAACUUAAACAAGUUUGAAAACACUUAAGGGUGAGAAAAUGGUGAAUAAACAGCCAUUUUUGAUUGUGGAAGCAUACAAAGCAUUUCAUUUCCUUGUUUGUCAAAGUUGUUUAUAAAAAUGUGAAGUUUUUCAAGCAUUUUAAUUCAUCUUAGUACACAACAGAUUAUUGCUAAUUUUAUUUAUAAUAAUUUAAUUAUUGCUCAUUUAAUUUUCUAAUAAAAAUAUUUACUCUA